GCUGCAUAAUAAUUGCCGUUAGUGUUGUAGGCUGCCGUUUGCCGAUUUUAUUUAUUUUUUGUUUGAGCAAAUCCAUAAUGGAACCGAGUCGGCACAGAUACUUUAGCAAGACAGCCAUAUAUAAAGGCAGCGUGGUGGAGGACUUAGAGCUGACCGUUCAGAAAUACGGCGAAGACGUUGUUCGCAUACAGUUAUUAAACCGUCUGCAUGGCGAACAAUGUAGAGCGCAACUGAAACGUUUCUUUUGGCUAUUGGGUUUGGCGACUGUUUAUUUUGGUUUUGCUCUGGCCCUAAGCGAAGGCCCGACCAGGAUGGGUCAAGCUCAUAUAUUAUAUCCGGGCCUGCUAUGUUUUGCUCUGUCUGCUUCGAUAUUCCGUACCACGCUCCAACUAGUUCACUCCGAGAAACUCUUCUACAGCUGGGACAUGGCUCUGCAGACGGAAACGGUGCGCACUUUUGGACGCCAAUCGGUGCUCUGCGUACAACGCGGUCAUCUCCAUGACAUGGUGCUCAACGAGGUCAUAGAGAAUCUAGAUAUUAAAUACAUGCUAAUACUGCGCACAAAGGGCAGCAUGUUUAAAGAGCGGCCCAUUAUACCGCUAUUCAAUGUGAGUCUGGCGAGGCUUGUUUCCAAUACGGAUAACUUAAUAAAGUUUGAUUUUUUACAGAACCUGUCACCUCCUUUCGAGUGCCUGCAGCAUAUUCAACGCAUUUUACAUGGCUACUGGCUGAAUAAUAGUCGGGGUAGAUCGGAUCACGCUUGCAAUAGGGAUAUGCCAUCAACGGUUGCAUCGUAAUAUUCCAUUAAUUUGUCCAGCUAUAGUUAAGACAGUUUAUAUUAAUCAUAAUCAAUUCCAACCAAAGAUUUAAUAUAUGUAC